UUUAAAUAUGCUCAUAUCUGGAAUGCAAUUGAGGCAUUCGCUGACUCCUCGUUUCUUCGCAGGAGUGUUCAACAAGCGUAAGCCAACCAAGAAGGAUUUAGACCAUUAUGAUGUAGUGGUGAUCGGUUGCAAUUUAGGAGGAGUGUUGAGUAGACAACUUGAUAAGGUAGAUUUGUAAUGUUAAUUCGGCAUAGGUUUCUCAUGGAAAAUAUAAGAUUAUGGUUGUUUUGGAUUAGAAUAUCAAUCAAAUUACUCCAAUUAGAUAGAUCUAUGAAUAAUAGAAGACAGCCAAGACUGAUUUCUUGCUCAAUGCUAAAUUGUCACUCAACAUGUACACUGCCCACUCAGAUCAAGUUGGGUGUUCAACAAUAUUGCCUGAAGAGAAUGCCAUAGUUUUGCGUAAUGGUCGUAGAAUUGGCUAUAAUUAAUUGGUUGUUGCAAUGGGUAUAAUCCUAAAUAAUUCCAAUAGGUCAGCAAGUCAAUUACGAUGCAAUCAAGGGAUUUGAAGAAGCUUGGUAAGACUUCGAUUCUCCAGUGUUCACAAACCUUGAUCACCCAAGUUGGAGGUCCUCCAAUCAUAAAUACACAAGAUGGCAUUACAAUUUCAAUCAUGGUGAAGCAUAUUUCUGUAUUCCUCAAUUCCCAUUCAGUGGUGAGGUUGAAUCCUACAACUUUUUCUUGAGUCAAAGAAUCUGGGAAUGGCAAACAGCUAAUGGACGUUAAUCUCCAAUCAAAAAAUUCACUAUCAUCCAACCAAAUGAACGAUUUGUUCAAUACAAUGAUGCUGGAGAUUCCUUCUUCAAAGAGGAAUUAAAACGCAGAAACAUCAACGUUGAAUACGGACUGAAAUUGGUUGAAGUCAACAAACAAUACAAUACUGCCACUUUCGAAGAUGUCAAGACUGGAAACAGACAGACCAGAAACUUCAAUCAUCUCUAUGCAGUUGCUCCAACAAAGGCUCAUGAACCUCUUGUCAAGGCUGGAUUGACAACAUCAAAAGGAUUAUUGGAUGUCAACAUCAAAACAUUGUAGCAUAACAAAUACAAGAACAUUUUCGGACUUGGUGAUGUCAAUGAUCUUCCAACUACAAAUUGUUUCUGGGCUGGAUUCCACUAACUUCACGUUGUUAGAAAUAACAUCGAAAGAAACAUAGCUGGAAAAUCACUUAAUGCUGAAUAUGAUGGAUACAGCAAAGUUCCCAUCAUCUUAGGUUAAAACACACUCACAUUCUUAUGUCACAAAUACAAUAAUGAAAAUGCUUGGCACAACCUCUACUUCUCAAAUGGUGGAUUCUUGGCUGCUUUGAGGUAAUUGUUCCUUGUUAUUCAAGAUAUUAUAAUUGGUGCAAGAAUUUCAAGAAGGCCUUUAUAGACAUCUAUUUGGAAAAGAAUUGGGGACCUCCCUAUUACAAAAUUAAGAAGAGUUUCAAAUUGCCUGAAGGUGAGAAGGAUGAUCAUGGAUUCUUAUCCAAAUUGUUACCAGGCAAGAAGGACAGUCAUCAUUGAUAUAAAUC